AUGACGGCGCCCGACUGGAGCACCACUCCCCUCAAUUCAACGACGACCAUCGACGGCGUCUCGGUGCGCGCUCUCAUGGCCGCCAACCGCCUCAAUCUCACGGUCUGUCCGGAAGGCGUGUACUCGGACGAUCAGAAGGGCUACCGCAUCUACGCCAACAUGCCCAUCAGUAUUUUUGGGAUUGUGGCCAACAUUUUGAAUAUUUUCAUUUUCGCCGACGCUGAAAUGCGAACGAUGCUGGUGAAUCACUUUUUGUUGGCGCUCAGUAUUUCAGGUGAGUUGGGAAGAUGGAAAUGGUUUUAUAAUUUGGAUUGAUUUUGAAAUUUUAAAGUUUUUAAAAAUUUGUGAUUUAAAAUUUAUUAUACGUUGCGGUAGUAACCCUGUAAAAAUCCGGACUGGGACUAAUUUUACAGUUUGGUCUACGGCCGUUUUACAUCUUUUGCCAAUCAAAUCUUUCGUUGCGGGACCUAAGCUGGGCCAGUGUAGUCUCAGUUUGAGUCUCAGCUUUUGGGCUCACAUGUACUAGCCCAAUCCUUUUAAAUCUUGAAUUGAACUAGCCUAGUCAACCUCUUUUCAACUAGAAAAAACAUUUUAAAUUAUUAACAAACGAUUACAUUUCGCUAUAAAAUUAGAAAAAAGGUUUGUUAUGAUAAUGCAAUACGCAAAGCUAGGAUGAGCACAUUGCGAAUUUUGGCUAGGCUCUGACCGUCAGGGAAGGCGGUUAAAUUGUUUUUGAUUAAAUAGAUUUUUUUUUAUUUUAAAUCUUAUUAGAAAAGCAAAUUUAAAAUACUUAAAUAGGAGGUUCUUCUUCGCUACAAAAACAAAUAAUAUUACUGAUUUACGAUGCUUUCUGCAAUAUAAUCGCAUUAAUGACACAUUGUUGCGAACAAGCUGUAUAAAUUUGCAAAUCCUAUUAUCUUAUAUAAUUUUACAAUGUAUUUUUAUAUAAUUUUUGUUAUGACCACGCCGUUUUUCGUAAAAUUACGUUUUUAACAUAAUUUUCAAAUUUAAUCAUUUUAAAUAUUAAGUUUAUUAAAUAGACAUAGUUCAAACAGAGACGGUUAGAGCUUCAAAUUUGUUAGAUAUGGCAGUAAACUUUUUGUUGUUAGAAUAGGCUAGGAUUGCCUUAUAUAGGUAAGAUUUACAUUUGUAUUUGAAGUGUUUUUGCGAUUUGUCUGGUGAAGCCGUAACAAGAGUACGUACAAUCGAGUAUCGUUUUAGUUCCUCGUUAUUAGUAAUUGCAAUGUAAAACAUAAGUUGUGGGAUUAUCUUCACUGUAAUCUUGAGCCAACUGAAUUUGAUAAACUUUUAGAAUAUACGAUUUUUAAAAUGCAUUUUUAAAAAUUUUAAAAAACUCUAUUUUUCAAGCGGAACCGAACUUUUUUGGUUUUUGAACAUCUUUAAAUGCACAACUCAUGAACAAAAAACUAUUGAAAGAUAAAACUUUCUGAACUUUUAGGACUUUUUAUACUCUAUAAAACGUACAUCUUCGAUUUUAAAACAAAAUUUAUGCUCACGCUUCGGAAGUAUAGGUUACUGUAGAAAUACUGUAACUUUUUUGAAUCAACAAGAAAAAAAAUUUUUUUUGCAGAUUUGUUGACAAAAAGAAUAUGGUAAAAUUACAAAAAUUUUAAUCCUCUCUUUUAGUUUCAAGACAAUUAUACAUUACUCUCUUUCUAUAUAAGCAACCCAAAGGGACCGACAUUUUGUGUUUACUAUAAGGGGUGUUGUCUUUACAGAGGUUUUUUAGUGCAAAUUGACUUGGCGGGGCCAAAUUUCUUGUUUUCUAUAAGGAGAGUUGCUGUUCACAUGUAUAUAGAGAGACUACUGUACUCAAAAUCGUUGUCUCCCAUUUUUUAUUGCCGCCACUGUUGGUUAGGGUAAAUCUUGUUUUACUAACAAAAUGGUUUGUAAUGCUAUCUACCUCAAUUAAAUUUAAAAAUUUUUUUUAAAAAUUUUAAAUUUGUGUAUUUAAGCGCAACCUCAAUCUCGUACGUAUAAUUGGUUCGAGUAAUCAAAUAUUUUGUUGUUUAUGGCACGUGCUGAUUGUUAACUCUUACUUCUUCGCGCCAAAUACCAAAAAUUACUCUGUUUUGGGGCAAUUAAAAUGUGCUGUUAUUCGGUGAAUCCGAAGUCGGCCGGGAUAAUCCCAAAAAGAAAUAAUAACCGUGCUACCAUGAUUAGCAUGUGACAUAAAUUUACAUAAUUCAUGUAAAUGAAUAUUUCUUUGGCCGUGGCGAUGUAGUGUUUUUGGCUUUACAUUGUUAAUGUAAGGCGUGUAAAAUAGACUGACUGUGAAUGGAAUGGUAGAUGAAUGUGAAAGAGUGACAUUAGAAUGAAUAUAUUGUGUUGAUAUAACACAUUGUGUAGCAAAAGUUAUUUUUAAACGGAGUUAAACAAAAAAUACAAUAUAAAACGGCAAUUUGUGUCGUUUUUCACAGUAGAAAGCUUUGUAAACUAAACACAAGGUUUUUUUUGUGAACUAACGAAAAAACGCUUUUCACAUUCAAUCAAUAUCGAAAAAUUCAAGAUCAAAAACUUACGUUUUGAAUUUCCCGUCAAUUUGGCAUUGUGUUUCAAGCUUACAAUUUCGUCAUUUUUUGAUUUUUAUUAAUUUUUCUUUGAUAUACUAGUAGAAUACCUUUAAAUGAACCUACAUUUUUAAAUUUGUAAGUGUAGCUUGGCUGGAAAGUCGAAAAAGAUAUUGAAACACAAUGCCAAGUUUGCCAAAUUGACGGAAAACUCAAAUAUAUAAAUUUUGAAAGUUAAAAGGCAAAACUUAAAUUUGUUAUGGGUAUUAAUGGUUAGUACCAGGAAUUCAUAUGAAAGUUGUGAGGUGAUUCUGAGCGUAGGUAGGGUACUUUACUUGUAUAAAUAUCAAAGAAAACGUACAAAAAUUUAAAAAAAUAUUGUUGAAUUAAAAAAUUAUUAUAAAAUAAGAAAAUUAAACAAAUUACACAUAAAAAAGAGUUAAGGAGACAUUUUUUCAGAUUUACUACUAUUAGCGUGCAAUUUUUGUUUUUUGGUACUACCGGUGCUAGUGGUCGAAUCCGACAACUUUUUCCUAAACAACUUGUUUCCUCAGGUUAUUCGGUAAGGUUUUCACUUUUUUUAGGUCGUUCAAAUAAUUCUGUGCUUUAUAAAUAUAAUUAUUUGUUUUGAAAGGGGCGCAGAAUUAUUUGAACUAUAUAUUUAUUUUUAAAUUUUAAAAAUUUUAACUUUUUUUAUUUUUUUUAUUUUGAGGUCAUUUCUGUACUCUUAUUACAAAGAUUUAAACAGAAUCUUCUAGAAGUUUGAUUUUUGAACAAAUUUUUCGAAAAAACGAUUAUUAUAUUAACCUGAAGCUUUGCUUCAUCCGGUCUUCUUUAUCCGAUAAUCAUAUUAUUAUUAUUCAAAUUCUAGUUAAAGCCUUCAAGUGGUACUAAUCUAGUAGUUCGAACCUUGAAAAGUUUUAAUUGUUUUCUAUUAGUUUAAUCCUGAAGAAGACUUAUAACUACAAGUGGCAUAGCCAAGCAUAAUCUGGCAAAUAGUGGCUAAUAAAAAAAAAUUAAUUUGUACUAUAUUGUAUAUGAUAACAUAUAUUUCAUUGUACGUUUUUGAUCAUUAAGAACCCAAAGAUAAGGCUAACAGUUUUAAGGUUAAAAAAGCUUAAGUUUAGGUAAGAAAACCAACUAAAAUCACCAUUUUAAGUAACAAAAAUUAAAAAAUAUAAAUUUAAGUAACACACCUUUAGAAAACACAAAUUUAGGUAACAAAUUCACUUUUCAGAUACUCCUAUCCUCUUGCCUUAACCGCCCAGACAUGUGGCGUCUACCUGACAGUACUAGUCUCAGUACAUCGCUUCCUCGGCGUAUGUUACCCAUUCAAAGCCAAACGAUGGGUCACUCGCUCUCCAGUUCAAUGGGCCAUCUUUGGCUCGGUCGCCUUCAGCGUUCUCAUCAACGUGCCAACAUGGCUCGAACUGAGCGUAGUACCGUGCUAUUCCGAGCGCUUUUCAGCACCAUCACAACAAAUAGCAUUGGCACCAUUUCACGAAAUGACAUAUAUUGUGAUCAAGAAGACCAUAGUGUAUACGUUUGUCAUGUUCGCCUUCCCAUUUGCUGUGUUGAUCACGGUGAACAUAAAGAUCAUACAGGCGAUGAGGUCGUCGUCCAAGUUGAGGAAGAUGCAUACUUAUUCGACCAAAAGUGAAUGUCAGAGUGAGAAAGAGGUUCAGAUCAGUCAACAUGAAGUGCUGUUGAAGCAGUUUCGACUAUUAAAACAUACCAAGUACAGUGAAAUGUUUCAAACGUUUAGUAGACUUGGCAAUAAUAAGUAAGUUUUUUUUAUAUUGGUUUUUUACCAAAAUAUUGUUGUAAGUUAGGGCUCUGGGCUAGGGCCCUGGAAUAGGGCUAGGGCUCUGGGCUAAAGCUUUGUGUUAAGGCUCAAGGCUAUGGCUCUGGGCUAGGGCUCUGAGCUACCGCUUUGGGAUAGGGUUCUAAGGUAAGGCUCAGGGCUCCGGGCUAGGGCUAAGCAAUUAUAUAAAACUUCCGUCUUUUUUGCUUUGUCAUUCUUUAACGUUACUUUCAUUAAUAGUACCAAAAAAGUGUUUUUGUUUUGGGACAAUUAAUUCAGUUUUGCAGAAAGCGGGAUUAUUGGUCGGAACUCAAAUUAUGACCUACUUUUUUAUUGUUCAUCAAAACGAGUAGUAUAGCAUAGUCAGAAAUGUUACAAAAACAAAUUUUGCUUUUCCAGGAUUUGAAAUUUUGGCAUUUUUAAUUAAAAAUAAAAGAAAAAAAAAUAAAUAAAAAAAUAGAAAUAAAAUACAUUGUUUUAACAUUGUUAAAACACAAGAAAAUGUAUAUUUUGUUUAGAAUUGAUAUUAAGUUGUAUAAAAAGUAAUGAGCUAUGACUCAUAACACGCAUAUCACAUUCAGUAGGUCAUAUAGGUCUUAACGUUUUAUACAAUUGAAGAUCAUUUCUUCAGUUUUAUAUUGUCAAAAUGUAAAGAAAGUUUUGCAAAUUGGAAAAUUUUAACUUUUCUAUCAUUUUUUAUCAACAAUCUAAUUUUUUUUUCAUUACAGUAUUCUAAAACCCUCGACCGACCUCUUCAAGAACCGUUUCACAAAUUCAUGGCGUGACCGGUCUGUGACCUUAAUGUUGUUAGCCAUUGUGGCCUUAUUCCUACUGUGUAAUGGCCUCGCUUUUUGUAAUGGGAUAAUGGAGUCGAUAAUGCUGCUACAGAAUGCUCCAGAAAGCGAAGAGCCUUCCGAGGACGUGCAAUUUUUCGAACGUGCCGUCGAGGUUUCUAACGUGCUAAUCACGUUAAAUUCGAGCACGUCGACGUUGGUUUAUGUGAUAUUCUCCAGCAAGUACCGGUUCAUCUUUUUGGCAUUGCUGGGCAUUAAGGAGAGAGUUAGGGUAAGUUUUUUUGAUGGCUGAAGGAGGGAGGGGGGGGAGGGGGUGCAUACCAAAAAUUUCAAAAAAAAUUUUAAUUUUUAAAUUUUUUUGAAAGUACAAUGUUUAAAAUGCCAUUCUUUUUCAGGUAAACCGAGUAGCCCUAACAACUGGUCUAGCCUGUCAACGAGCGGUAGAGUUGUCUCUAAUCCCAGAUGAAGCUGGGUCAAGGUCGGCCAAAAAUGAAUUCUGUGCUCAAUUGGAUAUGAUAAAGAAGCGACGUGGUACUGAUACUAUAUCAUGUUCUUCAGUUCAUAAUGACAAGGAAAAUCGAAAAAAGAAGUUGUUCAGAUCAUGUCAGACAACUUUGGCUAAUUCGUUGACCAAUUCAGAGAGCAAUUUGAAGUAAGUGUUAUAAUGUACUGGUUUUUGGGCUUUAAUAAGGAUGGGUAGAUUAAAGGAUGGGUAGCUAUAGGAAGGAUUGUUUAGGUUAUGCUAAGGAUAAGCUAGAGCUAAGCUUGAGGUUUUCAAGGCAAAAAUGACAUUUUUAACAAGCUAGUGACAAUUUCAAAAGAACAGUGACAUUGUUAAGAAACAAGUGAUAUUUUUAAGACAAAAAUGACGUUUUUAGAACAUAAUUGAUAUCUGUGGAGAAAGACGGCAGUUUUGUGAAAUAAUUCACUUUUUAAAUAAAAAAAUGACGUUUUAAGUUAAAGACCAUUUUUUAAUGAAUCUGACCAAAAAAAUGAAAUCAUAUUAGAUUUUUUAAAAUACUAAUUUUGACAUUUUUCAGAUUGAUGGAUUGCCAAGACUCCAAAUUCCGAACCACCUCAAUUAGCCAAAUGACUGAACAUGAACAACAUAGUGAAUAG